AUGGUACAUGGACCUUGUGGGUUAGCAAAUCCUAAAUGUCCUUGCAUGAAAGAUGGUAAGUGUUCUAAGUACUAUCCUAAGAAAUUUCAAGAUGUCAUAAUUGUUGAUCAAGAUGGAUAUCCAGUUUAUAGAAGGAGAGAUCAAGGUAAUACAAUUGAGAAAAACGGAGUCACACUACAUAGUGGUCAUGUUGUACCUCAUAACCCAAGUUUGUUGAUGAAAUAUGAGGCACAUAUAAAUAUGGAGUGGUGUAAUCAAAGUACUUCAAUUAAAUAUCUUUUCAAAUAUGUCAAUAAGGGUUUUGAUAGGAUCCCAGUUGUUAUCGUUCCAAAUAACACUGGUCAAGAUGGAAAUAUUGAUGAAAUCAAGCAGUACCUUGAUUGUCGAUAUGUAUCACCAAGUGAAGCUUACUGGAGAAUAUUCUCUUAUUCAAUUCAUGGUAGAAAACCAGUUGUUGAUAGAUUGUAUUUUCACAUGGAAUAA